AUGGCGAAAUACAUGAAUAAUCACAGUAGUAAUUGCAAUCAAAUGCAGCGGUUUCUGGACGAAGAAUCUCAGUCCGUCCUCGCCACCUGCUACAGCGUGGAGUCGGCCACCGCCAAGGUUCACGGCUUCCACUACUGCACUACCCUGGGCGCCGGUAAUGGUAUCCCUGAGGUCCCUUCGGGGCCUAAAUCGUCUCUUCAAAGACCUCCCCGCGACAUCGCUUCCGAGCGGCUCUGGGCCGGAAACCAAUGGCCAGAGUACAAGGGGGAGGCAACGCACAACAUCCCGGAAGAGUGUGAGAGACUCUUCUGUGACAAACUGUCUUCGAUUUUCCUUGGUGAGGGGACUUUCGUGCGACAGGAGUCGCUGGGGAUGGGUGCGUCCAACGCCCAAAACACCGGACACGAUAUCCAACAGUGGAUCGAAGUAUGGGACUACGCCAGUGAUGCCAUCUAUCGUGGGUUUGUGGCGGAGCACAACAAGGAGCGGACCAUGUUCGUAUUUUUCGACCGUGCGCUGGACCACGGCCUCAAGUCAGGACUAAUGGCGCUCUUCGAAUUGGCCGAGAUGGACACGUUCGGGUGCUCGCAGAUUGUCGCCUGUGUCAGCCGCUCCCAGCCAACAGAUGAAAUGGAGCUUGUCCGAAGCCUGGGGUGGUGUGGAUUCAAUCUUACCACCUUGGAGCCCUGGAUGACAAGCAAUGAUCAAGGAUCCCUUAGUGACGAAUGGCUCUUCCUGGUCGCUGAAAUCUAA